AUGAAUUUGUUGUUGACAAUAUUGAUUUUAUCCAACACUUUAGCCACUCAAGUACCAUUCCAUAAGGAUGAUAAGUAUUCAAUUACAGCAUCUGUGAAAUUCCCCGAAUUUUCCUUAUCUUCUCGAACAUCUGUAUCUUCAUUAGGUCUCGACUCUGUUAAUCAAUCAACAGGGUAUUUAUCCCACCUUCACCAUAAUUUCUUUUAUUGGUUCUUUGAAAGUAGAAAUGAUCCAAAAAAUGAUCCAAUUAUAUUAUGGUUAACUGGUGGUCCCCAUUGUUCAUCAUCAUAUGGAUUAUUUUUUGAAUUGGGUCCUUCAUCAAUUGGUUUUGAUUUAAAGCCAAAUUAUAAUCCUUACUCAUGGAACUCCAAUGCUUCUGUGAUUUUUUUAGAUCAACCUACUUAUACUGGAUUCUCCUAUGGUGGCGCUCCAACUCUUACCUCCAAUCAAGCAAUGUAUUUUGUUUACGUUUUCAUAGAAUUGUUUUUUCAAAAGAACCCACAGUUCUUGAAAAAUGAGUUUCAUAUCGCUGGUGAAUCUUAUGCUGGACAUUAUAUUCCAAAUUUACUGCAUGAAAUAUUGUGUCAUGAGGAUAGACUGUUUAAUAUAAGUUCAGUAUUAAUUGGAAAUGGGAUAAUUGAUCCAUUGAUCCAAAUUGGAUCCUACAAGAAAAUGGCCUGUGGAGAAGCAGGACACCCAGCAUUACUCAGUGAAGAAGAUUGUCAAUAUAUGGAAGAUAAAUAUAUCACUUUUAAAAAAUAUGAUCAGCUAUGUUAUGAUUAUGGAGAUUUAUUAUCAUGUGUCAUUGCAAGACAAUUGGGUCAGGAAGUUGGCAAACCAUUUUAUAAACUAGGUUUGAAUCCAUAUGAUAUUAGAAAAACAUGCAUAGCAAACACAUCCGAUUGUUAUUUGGAAUCACAACCUAUAGAUAAAUAUUUAAAUUUGCCUGAAGUCCAAGAAGCAAUUGGUGUGGAAAACAUAAAAUUUGUUAUGUGUCAUGAUGACUAUAAUCUAGGAUUUGAAAUCACUGGUGAUAAUAUGCGCCCUCUGCAACAAUAUCUACGAGAGUUAUUGGAAAAGGACAUCCCUGUGUUGAUAUAUUCUGGUGAUAAAGAUUAUGUUUGCUCAUGGAUUGGGUUAUUAGAAGUUGUAGAUUCAUUAGGCUAUAAAGAUUUUGAACUUCAACCCAUGAAGAAAUGGAUCACGGAAAACGGGGCUGUUGCUGGAGAAAUUAAGAAAUUAGAGAAAUUGACAUUUAUCAGAGUAUAUGAUGCAGGCCAUAUGGUUCCAUUUGAUCAGCCUGAAAAUUCAUUAGACUUGAUCAAUAGAUGGAUAGGAAAUAAAUUCUAG